UUAUAUACGAAGAAAACAAGAAUAAUAGCCAAAACAGAAAUACAAAUUUCAAGAAGAGAAAUAAAGUCUACCUAAAGGUUAAACAUGAAAGCAACACAGCUCAAACUGAAAAACUAAUUCCAGAAAGACAAGUAAAACCUGCCUAA